UCACGUGACGCGCGCUGUGCCGGAAGUGCUGGAAGUGACAGGAGAAGCGCAGACAUGGUCGGGAAGGGAGAAGACAGCUCCGGGGGGGACGCGCUGGACAGAGCCGCCGCAGCCUGGCUGAGCUGGGAUAAGAAUCCAAAAACAUCUGAACUGGUGAAGAAGCUGGUGUCGGACGGGGACAGAAAAGAGCUGGAGAAAUGGUUUGGCUCCAGGAUGGAGUUUGGUACAGCGGGGCUGCGUGCGGCCAUGGGUCCAGGGGUAUCUCAGAUGAACGACCUGACCAUUAUCCAGACCACUCAGGGGUUCUGCAGAUAUCUUGAGAAGAACAUCAGUGACUUGAAGGAAAGAGGUGUAGUAAUUGGCUACGACGCCCGAGCCCACCCAGAAAGUGGAGGGAGCAGUAAGAGGUUUGCAAGACUUGCUGCCACAUCCUUUGUCAGUCAGGGCAUUCCAGUGUACCUCUUCUCCGGUAUCACACCAACACCAUUUGUGCCGUAUACCGUGACUCACCUUAAUCUGUGCGCGGGGAUUAUGGUUACUGCCUCUCACAAUCCAAAGCAAGACAAUGGAUACAAGGUUUAUUGGGAGAAUGGCGCUCAGAUCAUUCCUCCACAUGACAAGGGCAUUGCUCUGGCCAUUGAGGAGAAUCUGGAGCCAUGGCCACAAGCCUGGGAUGACUCUCUUAUUGAUGGCAGCCCCCUCCUUAAAGAUCCUUACAGCUCCAUAAACAAAGAUUACUUUUCUGAUAUACAGACGCUCUGCUACCACAGAGACAUAAACAAGAAGUCCACGCUGAAGUUUGUGCACACAUCGGUGCACGGUGUGGGCCACGAGUUUGUGCAGUCUGCCUUCCAAGCUUUCAGCUUCAGCCCCCCACUCGCUGUCCCAGAACAAAAGGACCCAGAUCCAGAAUUUCCUACAGUGAAAUACCCCAAUCCUGAAGAAGGCAAAGGAGUCCUGAAAUUAUCCUUUGAGUUGGCUGAUAGGGAAGGCGCCAGAAUUAUCCUUGCAAAUGAUCCUGAUGCUGACCGGCUUGCUGUCGCAGAGAAACAGGAAGGUGGUGAUUGGAAAGUCUUCUCCGGCAAUGAGCUUGGCGCACUUCUAGGCUGGUGGAUCUUUACCUGCUGGAAAGAGCAGAACCCAGAGCCAAGUGCAGUGAAGAACGUCUACAUGCUGGCGAGCACAGUCUCCUCUAAGAUACUCCGAGCCAUUGCUGUGCAGGAAGGCUUUCAUUUUGAGGAGACACUGACAGGAUUUAAGUGGAUGGGAAAUAGAGCUAAAGAACUCAUUGACCAAGGGAAAAGUGUUUUAUUUGCAUUUGAGGAAGCAAUAGGCUACAUGUGCGGCUCCAUAGUCUUGGACAAAGAUGGAGUAAGUGCUGCCGUCAUCGCUGCAGAAAUGGCCAGCUACCUGGCAACUAAGAAUCUCACCCUUUCCCAGCAGCUCAAUGCCAUUUUUAACAAGUAUGGCUAUCACAUAAGCAGAAAUUCCUAUUUCCUAUGCUAUGAUCAAACUACUAUCAGAAACUUGUUCGACAACCUACGAAACUAUGAUGGAGACUCCAAAUACCCCAAACUUUGUGGAAAAUUUGAGGUUAAAGGAGUGCGUGACUUAACCACAGGGUUUGAUAACAACCAGCCUGAUAACAAAGCUAUUCUCCCAACUAGUAAGAGCAGCCAGAUGAUCACUUUCACUUUUGCCAAUGGUGGUGUGGCAACCAUGAGGACCAGUGGCACUGAGCCAAAAAUUAAAUACUAUGCAGAGCUGUGUGCUGCCCCAGGAAACAGUGACUACAAUCAGCUGAAGAAGGAACUGAACGAUCUCGCAGACGCCAUUGAACAGCAUUUCUUUCAGCCAGAAAAAAAUAAAUUACAAAGCAAAGCAGAUUAAAGACACACAAUAGUGGCCUCAGUUAUCAAAACUGUCCAGGGCUGGAUUCACAUGCAGCAUUUGUGUUGACGUUUUUAUUAUUUAGGUCAAACCCGCUGCCGCCAUGACAGUGGGAGCAGCACUGUAGUUAACAGCUUCCUCCACUACUGUGCAGUCCCAGUGACUGAGCUACACCCGAAUAGCUGAUCGGUGCGGUGCUGAGGAUAAGCCAUCGCUUAAAAAAGGCGUGACAACCCCUUUAAAAACUGUAGCAGAUUAUUGAAAAAGCUACAUACGCACUAUUUUUGUUUUUGUGCUUUUCACUGCAUUUUUCUCUAAAUGCAGCAUACUUUGGGUGCUAUUUUUUUCUGUAGCCAUUACUAUGGGACUUUAAAACGCCAGAAAUAAAAACACUG